CUCUCUCUCUUUCUCUCUCUCCUCAUGAGAAAGGUCAGGAUUAAUAGAAAUUUCAGUCCUCGGUAAACUACAGGUGUGACACUACCAGAAGAAAUUUGAAGUCAAUAGCCAGCCAUGCCAUUCAACAGGUGGCCAGUUAGCUUCCCAUUAGCAAAAUGACAUUCAGAAACAGCUUAAUUUGCCCUUUGGUUUCCUGGGCUGAUGCAGAUGGUGGACAGAGAGGAGUGAUGGCAGACGCUACCUUGUGAACAGGCUUUUAAGGUUUUCCAGAGGGAUAACCAAUUGGCUGCUAGGGUAACAAAUGAAAAGUAACCUGACUCCAUUGACCUGCUUAACCAUGCACAGGAAGGAUGGAAAAGAGCAGCCAUUUGCUCUGAAACUGAGCGACAGUCUGAGCAAUACACAAAUCAGAUGGCUGACCAAAGACAGCGGGCUAUGUCGACAUCUGGAGAAGCUUUGUAUGAAAUUCUUGGUCUACAGAAGGGGGCAUCACAAGAAGAAAUUAAGAAAACCUACAGAAAAUUGGCUCUGAAACACCAUCCAGACAAGAAUCCAGAUAACCCUGAGGCUGCCGAGAAGUUUAAAGAGAUCAACAAUGCUCACACUAUAUUGACAGAUUCGACAAAGAGAAAUAUUUAUGAUAAGUAUGGGUCACUGGGACUCUAUGUGGCAGAACAGUUUGGAGAGGAAAAUGUUAACACCUACUUCAUGCUGUCCAGCUGGUGGGCAAAGACACUGUUUGUGCUCUUUGGCAUCCUAACGGGCUGCUACUUUUGCUGCUGCCUCUGCUGUUGUUGUAACUGCUGCUGUGGACGCUGUCGGCCCAAGUCUCCACGGGGAACUGAAGCAGAAUUCUACGUGUCCCCAGAGGACCUGGAGGAGCAGAUCAGGCAUGACAUGGAAAAAGAGGCAGAAUUUCCAACCACCCUCCAGCCUUCCUGCACAAAUGAGAAAACCCAACUAAUCAGAGAAUGUCGCACCUAUACCGCAGACUCCUAGAUGCCCAGCUCGCUCAGGUCCAUGGGUCCUUCUGGAAGCAGCAGCAAUGCUCCUGGGAGUGAAGGGAUUCCUGAAGGACAGAGCCCCAAGGAUGUUGCAAAACCCCAGGAAUUCCUUUCCCAUUUAUGCUUUAUUUUGAGGUUAGGCACAGGUGGUUGCAAUGUAAUUUUCUCAACAUGCAGAUUCUCUUUGAGUAGACUUUCUAAUGAAACAGAUUCAAUUAGACAAAUAAAGGCCUGAAGAGUGUC